AAGUUUCACGUCGACAUUUAUUUUUCUUGAUCAGGCGUGUGCCGGGGCAGCCCAGUUACUACGGAAACGCAGGGGGCCUAGGAUUUGAACUGGCGCUGACCAAUCAGAACGAAGCAGCUGAGAGCGGGUAGAGAGGAUAUGGAGUGAAGGGAGACAGAAGAGGGGAAAGAAAGUGAGAUGGCUGCGGGAAGUGAAGGGACGGGCAGAGGGUUACGUGUGGGUGCUGUGCUCUGAGGGGGUAUUGAAUGUAGACUGGAAGGGCAUCUGUGAGGGAUCGUUGUACUGGGCACGAAGUGGUGCAGAGGGCAUUGGGAGGUCUGUGUGCGGAGACUGGCUGUCAUAUAGGACGUGCAGUGUGAACGCUGAGGUAGAGUGGGUUCAGGCUGGCAGUGCCCCAUUGUAUAAUGAUGAAGCAGACUCCUGACUAUCACAGCCUGGCACGGCUGGCGGUUAUCCAACACCUCCGAUCCUAUGGCAUCAAGAUAAAGCACUGGAACAGCAAGUCACGGGCUGAGCCCGGAAAUGGGGGCGUCCACACCGGUAAUAUAUUUGGAGCACCUCUUCAUACCCUGCCACAAGUGAAUGUUCCAUUGUAUGGAAAUAUACCAGCGUUUCUUGUUGUUGUGUGCAAGUACUUGGAGGAUAAUGUACACACUGAAGGACUUUUUAGGAAAUCUGGAUCUGUUUUGAGGCAAAAACUUUUAAAGUCAAAACUGGAAAAAGGGGAAGAUGGCCUAUCGGAAGCUCCUCCUUGUGAUGUCGCUAGCAUCCUCAAGCAGUUUUUUAGGGAAUUACCAGAUUCUAUACUGCCUGCAGAUCUUCAGGAUGCUUUUUUCAAGGCUCAGAAUUUAGGAAGUGUUGAGGAGAGGAUUUCUGCAACCAUGCUAAUCUCCUGCCUAUUGUCUGACCAGACAGUAUCAAUCUUGCGAUACUUCUUCAAAUUUCUGCAUUCUGUGUCUAAGAGAUGUGACCUCAAUAGAAUGGACAGCAAUAACUUGGCAGUAAUAUUUGCUCCUAACUUACUACAUUCUGGGGAAAGUGAGAAGAUAUCUCCCAGCACUGAGAAGAAGUUGCGUGCUCAAGUAGAAAUUGUGAAAAUACUUAUAGAUCAUCCAGCAGAUAUUGGAUGUGUUCCUGAUUUCCUUCUUGAAAAGAUCCCAGGCAUGCUGGGAGUGGAUGUGGGAGCUGACACUCCUGGACCUGAGGCAUGUGAAGGAGAGUCUGCUGGAGAGAGGAAAAGGAGGCGGAGGAGUGUUGGAGAUUUUGUUAGUGGAGCACUGAAUAAACUAAAAACUAAUAGAACACCUUCCUCUACUCCUCAGAGAGACAGGACUGUCCUGAGUUCCAUGGUAACGCCAUUAAUUCUUACCCCAAGUGCCAAAAGAAAGCUGCCUUUAGACUCUGCACAGGGAAUUUCUACUAAGAAGAGGAAAUCCAUUAAACAGAAUUUGACUUUUGAACUGCUGCCAAACAGUCUUUUCGGUGGAGGUUCAACUCCGGCCUCUGCUGUGGCUGAUGGAAGCCCUUGUGUUUUUUUUGAAGCCUCAGAAUCCUCUUUUUCACCAUCAGUCAGCAAUCUAAGGCGCAGCAAGAGGCGAGAAAACAGAAAAGUACAGAGAGUGGAAUCUGGGAAAACAGGCUGUUUCUCUCCUAAAAUAAGUCGGACAGAGAUGGUCCGCCGAUCGCUCCGUCUGAGAUUCAGUUUAGGGAAAAGUAGCAAGGAUGUGAGCACCGGGUUUCCUGCUAGUGUUCGGUCUCAAAACAUUGGCUGGAGACUUGCAAACUCACAAGAAUUUAAUAUUUCUGCAAGCAAGACAGAUGCUGCUUCUUCACCAGCGAUCAGUCCAUUUGUAAGUACAGGCUCAAAAAAUAUAAGUAAAUCAGAAGAAAACUUACUAACACCCAAGAAAUCUAACUCUAGCAAUCGCUUGUCUUGGACUGGACCACAUCCUUUAAGAGAGUUAUGUGACAAGGAGACUCCUAUAAGUGGGUACCUCUAUGCUGGAAACUGCUAUUCUGAGCCUGUUCUUGUGACUGGAAAACCCCCAGUCAUGCCCAAACAGCUGGUAACUCUUGUAGCAAGCUCUGAACAGCAUCAGAAUUCCUCCCUCUGUGAGGAAGGAGAGAGUCAAGUACAGAGCACUGUACAGAGAAUCACAGAGGCAUUUACAGAUUCUGGGAGCAAUCUUCAUAUGGUUGUGGAAUGUUCAAAGUCUGCAGAACUAGAAGAAAAUCUAGAAUGCAUCUCGGAUUCUCUUGAUGCUGCAGUUAAAGAUUCUAGCAUAGAUAAUGAGCAUGUUGUUGUCAAAGGAGAUUGGACAUCUGAAGAGGAACGUAAAGAGAAUAGCCUUGUUGAAAAAGAAUCAAGUGCACAAGACAGUGACUCGGAGGGCAGUGUUCAAGCUUCAGAGGUUUUAUUGAAGAUAGUGGAAGAAAAUGACUGCAUCGGUGUCAAUCUGUUUGCACAACAGAGAAAGGAAAGCUCCAUUGAGGAACCUGGUGACUUGAGUAAGCCAGUCUGUCCAGUUUCCGGUGAUGUUCAUGACACAUCAGCAGUAUCAGAUCCAGUACUGCAAAAGGCAGUGUCUGUCUCAACUAUGUUUCCAGUUUCUCAAGACCCUCUUCCUAAGCCUCGUAGAUCCAGCAGGGUGUCUGACCAAAUUCACCACUUCAAUAAACUCUGCCUAAAUGAUAACAGUGUUGGUCCAAAACUGAAGUCCCCAAUUAAAUUUGAACGUACACCUGUACGCCAGUCGGUUCGCCGCAUAAAUUCCAUGUCUGAGCUGAAAAAACAGGGGAGCAUCAGUUGUCAGAAGGAAAACACUGCUGGCUCCCCAAUGGUAAAAGCAGUUAGCUUUGAUGGAUCAUUGUCAUCUGAUAUCCUUUUAAGCAAUGGAAGAAGGCGGGAAUCCUCUGUGGAUCGUUCAUCGAUUUAUACUUUCCGGGGAAACUUUAGGGUUCCGAAGCAGCCUGUGCUGAAUACAUCUAGCUCUCUCAAUUUCCAUGCAAACCCACAAAAAACUGUAUUUGAAGAUCUGACCAAUCAGAAUUUAUGCCUGUCCGCCUGCAAGAAAUCUGAUCUUUCUGCUACUACACCCAAUAACACAAUUCGAAUCCUGUCUGGUAGAGGGCAUAGAGAGCGCUACAGAGGAUCACCGAAAAAUCCAAUAGCAAGAGUUACUUUACUGCCAGCUACCAAGCCUUUAGACUUGUAAAGCUUGGCUGCAAGUUUUGUUUACAUGCAUGAUAACAUGCAAGCCAAUUGAAACGGAACAAUGUUUUUUACAUUUGUCAGAAGCACCUUGCACGCUUGAUAUGACACAGUUUGGAACGGUUUUGAAAUUGAUGUCUCCUUUAGUAUUCAGGAGCCAGUAAAGACUGUUAUUAACUUUCUGUUUUGAUAAUGAACAACUUUGACACAGUUGAAGGCAGAUUAGAACCCACGACCUUCAUUAUGUUUCCACGCUUAUGAGCUGGAAGCUUAAUCCUUUCCUCAUAGGUUUUGUGUGUAACUGGACCAUCUGUCAGCUAUUUGAGAACAGGAAAAAAAAAACUUUGCUUUUGACAUGAUAGAUCUUUCUAUUAUUCUGUAUACACGGGUAAUACAGCUUGAAUUCUGCUCUUUGGGAGACUUAUCUUAUUAUUGAACUGAAUCUUUAGUUCAGUAUAUAGCUGUGAGCUUUUAUUUUUUUUAAUGGUUUGAUUCAGGCCUUCUGAUUUAUUUUUAUUUUUUUAGUAAUAAUUGAACUGUUUGAUAGAAAAGAUCAUGCCAAAUUGUCUUAUGUUGAACUCUGGUGUCUUAUUCAUUGAGCUGCAUCCAGAGAGGUUUGCGUGUUGUGAAAGUUUUAAUUAUAAAUUGAAAGCUAUUUAAAAUAAGUAAGUGCAAAGUGAAUGAAUGCUGGGUCAUAGUUAGAUUGUGUCAUCCCUUAUUUAUUGCUUACUGAAACUAAUUUCUCCUUCCCCUCAAAGCAGCUUUAAUGUUAGGAAUCUAAUGGUCUUAAAUAUAUCCAAUCUAUGAUCUUAUGUUUCAGAAAUUUCCCAGCUCAUGUGAGAUUGUCCAUCUUAAAUGCACAGCUCCUAUUGUUAUUAAAAUGUUUUACACUCAAGAACUUGGUUUCUCAGAUAUUCUAAACUACUGAUACUAAUUCCUUCAGGUCAUGGAAUAUGGUAUAUGAUUUAAAGCACAGACCAGAACACUCACAAGUUCAAUUUCAGAUGAGGCAGCUACUUCUUUUUAUGUGGGUUCAGGGCUGAAAUCGGCCAUAGCUCUUGCAGCACAUUGUGUAAUAUAUUUUAAUUUCAGAUAUUUUUUAUUUUUCUGUGAUCUAGCACAUGCUCAUUCCUCAGGAUGUCUGGUUUAUUACAUAGCAGGAACUUUAAUAUGCUUUGUACUAGGCAAGGCUUACAUUUCUGUUUAAUAGAUUAUAAAGUAAUUUGACUCAUGAUCUCUACUGCCCUGUCUGUUUAUAGUAAAUACUUGUAUUCCUUAUGAAGUAACAAUUCUGGAUCAUCUUUCCUUAGAGCUCUGUGUUGUGCCAAACAGUGUAGGGAUAACCCAAAUGGUAAUACACAGAUGGCUAUUUUUCAUAUAUCUCUAGUAAGGAUAACAUGAAAGGCACAACACAUGGCUAUAAGAAAAAAGUAAGAAAAAUGUUUUAUAGGGGUUAUAUGUAUUUACUGAAACAGGCAUGGCUGCAGAGGCCACAGGUCCUCUUUAUCUGGUACUGUGUGAUGAAAUGUCACAACAUUCUUGUCAGCUGUAACGGAGACUGAUUACAAAAUAAAUGUUCUA